AUGGAGAAGCCGCGCUACCAGGAGACCUUCCGUGCCCGCGCAUCCUCCGACCCGCUCUCUGCUGCUCUCGCCCCACCGCCUGGUGAGACCCUCGAACAGAAGGAGCUACGGUUGAAGGCUGAGGCUGAGGCGAAGAGAAUAAGCGAUGGCAUAGACGACAUGAUUAGGCAGGAGCGCCAUGACAGAAAGCGCGGGAGGGCGGAGGUCAAGGUCUUGUUACUAGGCCAGUCGGAGUCGGGCAAGUCGACAACCUUGAAGCAAUUUCAAUUAUUACACUCCCCUGCCGCAUUUCACGCCGAACGACUCGCUUGGCGCGCUGUCAUAUACCUCAAUCUCGUUAAGUCAAUUCGUCGCAUAAUUGAAGCCCUGUCGCCGGAACCAAAUGAUGUAGAUGAUCACGAUGACAUUGACUCCACGGAAACUGCGUCCAUAAUCAUCUCGUCGAACGGGCGACCGCCAUCUGCCAUCUCUGGGACCAAAGUGUCCAAUUAUGAACGGUAUCGAGAGCGACUGGAACCACUUGUCGAGUUGGAAGAUCGUCUGAUUCGACUGUUGUCUUCCGCUGAAGAGGACGAGGCCACGCAUCUGCCUCCCAGUCUACCCGUACAUAACGGACACACGAACGGCUGGUCCAAUGGACGAAAUCUCCCAGCGAUCGUCAUUCCCCAAGGUAAACCACCGUACUCCCUACCCGUCUCCCCUUCGAGCACCACCCCAUCUACGAAUCGAUCAACGCAAUCAACGAGCAAUCUGAGCACCAAAGGCAAAGAGGUUGUCAUCCAAGCCACCACAAAUUGGAAGAAGGCCUUUGCUUUGGGGGGCAAGUCAAAGAGUCCGAAGACGGCGCAUUCUGGCGAAAUCGAAGGAUGGUGGGAAGAUCCGGACGAUCCCGUCCAUGCUCUCCAUGCCUCAGCUCCAGCCAUGCUAGAGCUAUGGCGAGACCCCCAAGUGACAGCGCGGUUACGCGAGAAGCGACUACGAUUGGAGGAGAGCAGCGGCUUCUACCUCGACGAGAUACCUCGAAUAACGGCGAAGAUGUACAUUCCAACGGACGAGGACAUACUGAAGGCACGGCUAAAAACUAUGGGUGUUGUCGAGCACACUUUCUCGAUUCCGUCAGGUACGAACCGAGGAGUUAGAUGGAAGAUAUACGACGUCGGCGGCGCCAGGAACCAGAGACAGGCAUGGGCUCCGUACUUUGAGGAUGUGAAUGCCAUCAUAUUUCUGGCUCCCAUCUCCGUAUUUGACCAGGACCCACGGAUUAAUAGAUUGGAGGAUUCACUUUUGCUGUGGAGAUCAGUCGUCUCCAAUAAGCUGCUCGCUGGAGUUAGUAUUGUUUUGUUUUUGAACAAAUGCGACCUCCUUCAGGCCAAGUUAGAUGCUGGCGUAAGGCUCAGCCAUCAUAUGAUCUCAUAUGGUGAUCGGCCCAACGACUACUCCUCGGUCUCUAAAUAUUUCCGCAACAAAUUUGGGGUAUUGCACCACUCGUAUUCGCCCAACAAAGACCGUGAACUGUACAUUCACUUUACGGCUGUGACGGAUACACGACGGACAUCUACGAUCAUAUCAAGUGUACGAGAUAUCAUUGUCAAAGGGAAUCUCAGAGAUCUACGAUUGGCAUAG